CAUCACUCAUUUAGCGUUGUUUUGGUCUUGACCUAUCCUACUUACAAGCUCAUUUCUUUCAAACAAGAAAAUGGAAACCGCUAAUCAGAUUGUGUCACUUGGGACAUUCCAAGUGCUUAAAUUACCUUUGGGAUUUAUCCGCGGUCUGGAAUGGCUUUUUGCCAUCUUUGCAUUUGCAACAUGUGGAGGCUACUCUGGGCAACUGCGGGUUAGUGUGGACUGCAUCAACAAGUCCGACAGCAACCUCAGUAUUGGCAUCAACUUUGCUUACCCAUUCAGGUUGAACCGGGUGGAAUUUGACGUGCCGAUGUGUGAGGGAAGGAGACAAGAGCGGCUUUACCUGAUCGGAGACUUUUCCUCCUCAGCCGAGUUCUUCGUCACCAUUGCUGUCUUUUCCUUUCUGUACUCCCUGCUGGCCACUGUGGUCUACAUCUUUUUCCAGAACAAGUACCGCGAAAACAACCGUGGACCUCUCAUUGACUUCAUAGUGACGGUGGUGUUCUCAUUUAUGUGGCUAGUGAGUUCAUCUGCCUGGGCAAAAGGUCUUUCAGAUGUAAAGGUGGCGACUGAUCCAGAUGAGGUGGUUCUGCUCAUGUCUGCAUGUAAGGUGCAGACCAACAAGUGCAGUUCAGUGUACGGACCCAGAUGGUCUGGCCUGAACACAUCUGUGGUAUUUGGCUAUUUGAACUUCGUGCUGUGGGCUGGAAACAUCUGGUUUGUGUUUAAAGAGACAGGAUGGCACAAGGGAGGUGCAGCAAGGUACCCUGCCUCAUCCUCAGAAAAACAAACUACAGCCUUCAACCAGCAGGUCUACAACCAGGGCAGCUUUGAUCAGUCAGGAGGUGCUUUUACUGGAACGGGGGACUUCGCCCAAUCAGAGUACAGCCAGGUGGGAAAUUAUGGUGGGCCCAUCUCCUACACCAAUCAGUAACGCCCUCUGCCUCUUUGUAAUCCCCAAACACAGGGGAGCCAUUUCUAAGGGCAAAGUUCAACACUGAGCACAAGAGAUGAAGGAAAAGAUAAGUUUAACAGAUAGAUUAAAAUGCAUCCUUUAUUUCUGAUUAUAUAAAUAAAUAAAGGCUUUUUUUUAGAAUACUAAUACAUUUUUAAAAUAAAUGACAGGGAUCCUCAGAUGUAUUGUAUGGUUUUUGAUUUUACCUGUCCGUAAAUGUUACUGAAAUAUCACUGUUUACUGAACAAAGGUCAUUGCAUCCAAAUGUGAAACUCAGAGCAAUAGUUCUUGCAGGGAACUCUGCAAAUCCAUUGAUUUUAAUGGAGAUGGUGCAUCUGAAGUACGAGGAAAAAUGAAGAGUUUACAAAAGUGAUAUUAUGUCACUACGACAAAAGUUUUAGAGACAGUCCAUUUGUAAUCUAAAUAGUAUUUCUGCUUCAUAUGAAACUGAACCGACUCCACAACUUUAAAAUGAUUCCUAUGUGUCAAAUGCUCCAUCAGAGCUUUUUCAAGUGUGUAGGUGGCCAUAAAGUCAACAUGAAUUGAGUUUUCAACCUAUUUCACGUCCAUAAUGUGACAUAUUUGGAGCCAUAACAAAUAUGAAGUUGCUAUAACAAUAGCUAUUCAGUCAUUGGUUAACACCAUCCACAAUUCAUCGCUACAGGAAAGUCGUUUCAGAGGCAGAACAAAUUAUAACUUUUUCAUUAAAGGUUACAAAGAGAAACUUUUUUCAAGCUGUUCUUUUAAGUAACAUUCACAGAUGAAUCAUCCACAGUAAGAGCAUGAAUGUGCAUUAAGAAAGAUUUCAUGUUGACUUCUAAAGAAACAGUUUACCCAAAAACGUUACCCAAUGUUUACCCAUAAAUUUACUCAUCCUCAGGCCAUCCAAGAUGUAGAUGAGAUUGUUUUGUUACUGGAACAGAUUUUGGGAAAUUUUGCAUUAUUUAGUAGUGAAUGGGUGCCAUCACAAUGAGAGUUCAAACAGCAGAUAAAAACAUCACAGUAAUCCAAAAGUAAUCCACACAACUCCAGUCCAUCAAUUAACAUCUUGUGAACCACCAUACUGCUUUUUCUAGCGAAAAAGUCAUCUAUUCUGAAUCAGGAGAGAAAUGCACAGAUUAAGCACUGUUUACAAGUGAAAACAAAAUGAAACUAAUACGUUCGUGGAUUUUGAUGUGGGAGGAUAAUAGGUGAUGGACUUUUUCACUGGAGAAAGUGUUAUUAUGGAUUAUGGACUGGCAUUUUGACCAGAAGCGACGGUGUAAAGUUAAAACAGCUUAAUGAUGGCUUUAUUUCUUUCAAACACUCUGCUUUUCACUUUCCACAAUGUUGAUUAAUGGACUGGAGUCCUGUGGAUAACUUGUAAAUUAUCGUGAUGUUUUUAUGAGCUGUUUGGAAUCUCAUUCUGACGGCACCCAUUCACUGCAGAGGAUCCAUUGGUGAGCAAGUGAUGUAAUGCUAAAUUUCUUCACAACUUUUCUGAUCAAGAAACAAACUCAUCAACAUCUUGGAUUGCCUGAGUGUGAAUACAUUUUCUGAAAUGUUUCACUUUUGGGUGAACUGUUCCUUUAAGUGUACCUGUCCUAAUGGUGAUCACCUAGAGUAGGUGAUGCAGGUGUUUGUCAUUUACAGUAUAUAACAGAGAUUCAUUUGUCGGUAUAGAUGUUAGAUUACUGUUUGUUGGGUUUCUGGAUUUCUUAUCUCCAGAAUAAUGUCAUGCCAGUGCUUGUUGGUUUGGUGUAUGCACUAUUGUGUUUCCACAUUUAUGACUCUUUAAUGUUUGCACUGUAUUGAUGAACUGCAUGAAGUUGUGCCAUAUUAACCUUUUUCAGUUUCAGUUUCAGUUUGUAUAUCAUUUCUUUCCUAACUAACAGGGCCAUAUUGUCUAUUCUAUGACCUUUAUUAUGAUCACAAGGUGAUUGAAACACAAUCAAUACUUAAUUUUCUUACUUUCUUGUGUAUUUUCUUAUUCCUUAUCUGUUCCUUUUAAAUGCAUGAGGCUUUGUUAACCACAAAGACUAUAAAGCAAGACAAAAAAAUAAUAAUAAUAACAUUGCAGUACAUGUUAAAGUUCUUGUUCUGGUUGCUGUUGCAUUUCAAUGUGAAUGAGUUUCUGUCUUGAUAUUUGCAUUUUUGAUCAGUGGGUGUGAAUGCUUUAAUGCAUUUAAUGUGAAAAGCCAAUAAAGAUAUUGUACA